GAUUUUCAGUCAGUUUUAUUCAAGGAAAUGGACUGGUAGUUUCUUUUUGUUGAAAUUUAUUAUUAACGAAUUCGUAAAUACAUUUGAAUUGGUGAAUUUUUAUUCGAUAAUGUAAUAUACCGUGUAUUGGUUGAUUGUUUGUGAUAUCAUAACUUUUUGGGUCUUGGUAAAUCUGUAAUUUGCACUUUAUUUAUCGCUGUGACAAGAAAAAGUGGUAUUAGCUUCUAACUUUAGUUUUCUGUGAAUUUUAUUAAUUGCCAUGUAAUGUAGUUUUGUAUGAAUGCAAAAUGACAGUCACUUACACUGGCGAAGUAGCAACGUGUCGCGGUUUUGGAACCUUUUUAAAAGUUUUGUACCGAUGGCGGGGCAGCAUUUACAAGCUGGUGUGGUUAGAUCUUCUUGUAUUCCUACUAAUAUAUUAUUUUCUAAAUCUAACUUACCGGCUAUUCCUGGACGAGGAAGCAAAAAAAACAUUCGAAGGUGUGGUGAACUACUGCAGUUUCCACGGCAAUGUGAUCCCAUUGUCGUUUGUCCUGGGUUUCUACGUGACGGUAGUGAUGAACCGGUGGUGGAGCCAGUACACCACCAUACCGUGGCCCGACUCCAUCGCCGUGUUCGUAUCUGCAACUAUUCACGGACAGGACGAGCGGGGGCGACUGAUGCGACGCACGAUCGUCCGCUACGUGUGUCUCUGUCUCACAAUGGUGCUCACCAUGAUAUCACCCCGGGUUAAGAAGAGGUUCCCCACAAGAAGCAACUUCGUAGAAGCAGGCUUACUUCUUGAAAAUGAAAAGACAAUUUUGGAUAAUCUCAACGAAAAAUUUCCGAAGCCCUCGAAGCAUUGGUUACCAAUAGUAUGGGCGACGAGUAUAGUGACUAGGGCCAGGAAAGAGGGCCGGAUAAGAGAUGAUUUCGCAGUCAAAACUAUAAUAGAUGAGCUAAAUAAGUUCAGGGGGCAAGCUGGCCUGCUCCUUAGUUACGACACAAUCAGUGUGCCGCUUGUAUAUACUCAGGUAGUUACCAUAGCUGUUUACUCAUAUUUUAUAACGUCCGCGUUGGGAAGCCAGUGGGUCGACAACAAACUGCAGUCGCAAACAGCUUCCGUGAACAUCAGUAAUAUAGAUCUAUAUUUUCCUAUAUUUAGCACAUUAGAAUUCUUUUUCUACAUGGGAUGGCUGAAAGUGGCCGAGUCAUUGAUAAAUCCUUUCGGUGAAGAUGACGACGAUUUUGAAGUGAACUGGCUGAUCGAUAGGGACUUGCAAGUGUCUUACAUGAUCGUGGACGAAAUGCACCACGAGCAUCCAGAGCUGAUCAAGGACCAGUACUGGGACGAAGUGUUCCCCGCGGAGUUGCCUUACACGAUUGCUACGGAGAACCAACGGGAGGAGCAUCCUGAGCCUUCGACCGCUCGCGUGGCGGUCCCCGUGCGGCAACGAAGUAUGGUCACAGUUGCUCCCUCGUCGGUCAAAAUUGACGAGAUGGUACCUUCAAACACCGUGAGUUACAAGUUCGCCCCGCCCGAGCAACUUCAAAUGAACGAUGAUGCCGCAUCUGGUAUUCACUUUAUCGUGUCGCGGGGGAGUAAGCGCGGGAAGAAAGACGAUAGGAACUCUAUGGGGUCGACGAAUUCCAUGACGUCACUUCAACAAGCGCCUAUGGCGAGAGUGGCGUCUGUCACCUCGAUGUUGAAGAGACUGUUCUCGAAGGAGGACCAGAGACAAGCGGGGACGCAGGUUGGAUCCCAAACUGAUGGAGUGUCGCGUUUCUCAGUAUCCGCCAGCAAUCCGGCCCUGAACAAGCCGGCGGCGGCUAGCGGCAGUAUGAAGAUAGCCAACGAAGUCAUCGAAGAGGUCGACGAACAGACGACCAUUACCAGCAUGGGCAAACGUCCCGAGAAUAGGCCAACGGCGAUGAGUUUGUUUAAUCAGAACCCUAUAAAUCCUAGUGAACCAGUGAAUGUUCCGUCCAGAACAUCUAAUCAUAGUUCCAACCCCAGACUGUCAACAUCGGCGCCAACAAACAAUAAUUGGGGCCGAACCAAUGCUGGAGAUAAGAGUCCAGCGGCGCAGUCUCUGAGCACUCAGCAGUCAUUCCCGAGUCUACCCGACGAGGCGCGGCCCCGGCUCGACAGCGAUGUGGGGCCCUCGCUCAGUGCGGCCGGCAGCAACACUCUCAUGGACGAAGUAGACGGUAACGAGGAUCCAGACAUGGACGAUUUCGAUCGUUUACGAAGCAUUAGAGAGCAAAAUCGACGCGAUAAGUAUUUGCAAAAGCUGAUGGCCGCGCGUUCAGUCAGCGCUCAACAGCCUACGGGGAGCCUGGAGUUGAUCGACAAUGAUUUGUUAUUAGAAGAUCUAUUAGCACAAUCAGCAGAAUCAAGAAAGCAAGACGUAUCAAAAAGUGAUACGAAGGACACCACCUGACACAGUAGUUUUAUAUUCCAGUGGGAUUGAAAUAGGACAUCUCAGUGCAGUUCAGUAUUAGCAAUUGUGAUAAUAAGUUUUUAAAAUAAGGAAAUCAGUUUGAAUCAUGUGUCCAGAUAGAAUGUAUGUAUCUGUUGCUGUACAUAGUUAUAAAAUUACGAUUAAAUAAAAUAUAAUAGAACU